UUCAUGAGGCGAUUGUUCACUGUUGGCGCGCGUCCCCGCUGCUGAGCAACAAGAUGGCGGCCGCCGCCGGAUCAGGCGUGAAAGUCCCCCGUAACUUUCGGCUGCUGGAGGAGCUCGAGGAGGGUCAGAAGGGUGUUGGAGAUGGGACGGUGAGCUGGGGUCUAGAGGACGACGAGGACAUGACCCUCACCCGCUGGAGAGGAAUGAUCAUCGGACCCCCGAGGACUAUCUAUGAGAACAGGAUGUACAGCCUCAGAGUAGAAUGUGGACCAAGAUAUCCAGAAACGCCCCCUUUUGUUCGCUUUGUGACGAAGAUCAACUUGAAUGGAGUGCAUAACUCGAAUGGUGUGGUUGAUAUGCGAGCUGUGUCCUCACUGGCCAAGUGGCAGAACUCCUACAGCAUCCGUGUGGUCCUGCAGGAGCUGCGACGACUCAUGAUGUGCAAAGAAAACAUGAAGCUGCCGCAGCCUCCCGAAGGACAGAUCUACAGCAACUGAGUCGUCGUCUUCUUCUCUACCUUCAUCAGAACACAUUCACACACGCAAGGCUGAGCAUUCCUCCUCUUUUUUUUUUCUGGACUCAUGAGAAAUCCUCCCAGUCCCCUGACCACUCCCCAUGAGCUGCAGCAACCAAUGAGCAGUCCCGGCUCGGGAGCUCCCAUUGGACAGAAUCCAUGGAUGUAGUGGUGUGCACAGCAGAAUACUGUACAUCAUUCUAAUCUUUUUUUUUUAUGUUUAUUUGUUAUACAUGCAAAUUGUAAAAAUAACAAAUGAUCUUAUUGAGUGUAAUCUGUGUGCCCUCAUUUGAGAAUAGUUCUGCAAGUGAAAAUGAAUUUGUGCUAUCAUGUAACAUGCUGUGUGGUGGGAAUAUUAAGAUUUUCUUUUCUUUUCUUUUUUCUUUCAUCUUUUUCUAGUGAUGAUAGCAUCAGAAUCAGCAGUCUUGCCUGUUUAAUCAGAGGUUUCUGGCCUGACCGGUUAAAGUUGAAUCUUGAUCGGUGUCUCAUUACUUUCUUCCUUCAGGCUCUCGGCUUUAGGUCACUUCAUGGGUUUAUUAAACGUUUGUGCAAAAUGACAACAGAAGCUCAAUGGUAGAAAAUGUCUAACAACAUCAGAGAUGAAGUGUGCAAUUUGUAUUUGACGAUAAAUUCUGUCCUAGCUUCAUAUGCAGAGAAAAAGGCGUUUGUAGAUUGAUGGCUGGUUAUUUUUACACUUUAUUUUGGUGCUGCAUAGAGUACACACUUCAACUUUAACAUGUCCCAUUGAGCUGUUGAGAGCGUUGACACCAUGAAUACUAUGAAUAAAUUUUGUGUUCAAUAUGUUAUAGAAAAAUUCGAAAAGUUGUGAAUUAAGAUAAAUUGCACUCUGGGUUUUAAAGAUGAAAAAAAUAUCAACAGCUUGAUUACAAUUCAGUCAUGACUGAACAGUCUAUAACAAAAGCCCACACACUGUUGCUACAUGUUGCUUCACCUUCAGCUGUGAUUAAUAAGUUUACACACCCCUUGCAGAAUCUGCUAAAUUUUAAUAAUUAAAAAAGAUCCUAAAAAUUG